CAAAUGUAACGUACCGAAGUUCCUACGUCUAUAUCUGUGUGUUUUUUGUUGGCAAUCAACAAUAUCGAUGUUAAUUUUUUAAGAAUCUAUAUUAUUUAUUGUAAAUUGUAUAUGAUACGGUAAAUAACAUCAUAGAAACAUAUGUGAUUUAUAGAAAUUUGUCUACUCGGUUACGUUUCGUCGGUAAAGAAAGCUUAUAACAGUAAAAUGCCUGUCCCUAUAUAUUUUUAACUUUGUGAUUGAAAUAGAAUAUGUCAGAACGAAAAGUGGAAGUUAUUGAGAACGUGGAAAAACAAUAUCUUGAUGAAUCUCUUGCUAUCCAAUAUGAUGAUACAAUUGACGUAUCAAUCUUUGAUUUUAGUGACACUGAUAGAUGGUUAUCUGAACCUGUGCAAUGUUCAUCAAAAACUACAAUAUAUGACUUACAUGCCUGGCUGAGAAAUUCCUCAGAGAUGAGUUUACAAAAUAUUCCUACUGUUAAUAAAAGAUUUACUGAUACGAGAACAUUUACAAGGCCUAAAAAACGAAAUAGCAGAAUGAGCUUUGAAUCUAUCAUGGAAUCAUUGCCUCCUCAUUUACAAAGUGCAUGUAAAAUUCGAGACAAAGAAGCUCAGAAUUUGUAUCAAAAUACAUAUAAAAACCAAACCAAUGAGAAGAAAGACGCUGUACCUUUUAUGCUAAAGGCAACAAUGGGAGCUAAUCAUUAUGUUCCUGAUGAUAAUUUAAUUACAUCUGGACAAGAAAGUAUGGAAGCCUUUCUAAAUAUGUCGCAAUCAAAGGGAAUUGAUUCAUUUAUCAAUUUAGUCGAACCCGAUUUUGGUGAUACAUUAAUGAAUGUUUCUCAUCCUUCUGUUUUAUAUUCAUCUAUCACAUCAUUGACUAAUGAUAACACAUUAUAUAACACGGACUACGAUUGUGCUAUUAACUCAGAUAAUUUAUCCCAUCCAAUGAUAGAUAAAUGUCAAUUUAUCAAAACUAAAAACCCAAAGCUUAAUUUGGAAGCAACUUUUUUAUCAAAAUUCAAUGAUAAAACUAUUUUGGAAAAUAAAAAUAAGGAUAAAGUUUCUAUAAAUAAUACAUUUAUUAGUAAACCAAGAAAUACUGAAAAAAUGAAUAUUAAUAAUAUUUACAAUAUAGACAUUCACAAUGAUAUGUCAUUGACGUCAAUGAAUGCAGAGAUAGAAGAAAUAAGUGCAAAUGUGUUGUCUUCCACAUUUACAAAUCCAUGUGAUCUUAAUGUUACAGUGAUAAAAUCAGAAAGUAAUGGAACAAAAAACUCACUAGACACUACAUAUCAAUGUGUAAAUGUAAAAGAGGAAAAAAAAAGUGCGAUGGUAACAAAUACAUCUGAUUCUUAUGAGCAAAACGUUAAUACUGAUUCUAAUAUGGAAGAAGCUGCCACGCAAUGUUUAAACAUUACAGUUUUACCUGUACAGAAUAAUUGUAUAAAUCCGGCACCUCAGAUACCUGUUUCAUAUUCAAAUCAUUCUUCUAAACAUGAAAAUCCACUAAAUUCAACAUUCACCAGUAUGAACAAGAAUACGAAUCAAUAUCAAUCAAUAUAUAUGAACCCUACAAGUUUAUCAUCAGAAGAAAUUCCUUCAUUAAGAAGAGAAUUACUAACAGAAAUUCAACGGAGUGGGAAAUACAAGCUGCAUUCUGUCUAUAGUAAUACUUCCAAUAAUGAACCUUGUACUCAGUUAAAGACAAAUGAAAAUAUUGAUGUAACUUAUGAUUCAAAUCUUAUACAGAAAAGUAAUAUUCCUAUUGAAAACAAAUAUAAUACAUAUAAAAAGCAAUCUCCAAAAGAUCAAUCUAAUAGUAAAAAUGAAUUAUCAGAUUGUAAUAUAGUAACAUGUACACAAAAAGAUUUGCAGAGUCGUAAGUUUUAUACUUUUACAAAAAAAACUAGUAGUAUCAAUGGGAAGAGCAAUAUAGAGACUGUAGAGCCACCUAGUAAUAUGGAUGCAACAUUUUGUAAGCCGGUUUCAAAACCCCCAAAGAAAAAAUUACAUGCGCCAAAAAAAUUAUCUAAACUGCCACAAUUCUUGCAAAAAUCAAAUCCUAAUCUUUUAUCAAAUACAACAAAAACUAUUGAUACGACUGGAUUUUCAUAUUUACCUAACGUGAGACAAGUGAAAGGUUCAUGUAUUAAUACAAUAAAAGCUAUAGCAAAUCCAAUGACAAAUAUACCGUAUUCUUUGGGAAAAUUGAGAAGUGGCUCGGAACAACGAUUGCCACAUGUUGACAUUAAUACAACAUUUCAAAAGCCAAAUUCUGGAGGAUCUACAGAAAGUAUAGAUAGCACUCAAAGUGCUCAUAGUGCUCCUGACUUAGAUGAUAGACUUAGUAUGUGUUCUGACAGUAGUCAUAAUUCAUAUAAUGUACGUACAACGAAUAUGGAACAAUUGCAUCAAAUUGUAUAUACACAAGAAGAGGGUUCUAAACACGAAUCAACACCGAAACCAAAGAAACACAUUUUACGUAAUAAUUGGAUCGAUGAAUUAAAGGAUCUACCAUCUCCAAUUUUAAAACAUAAUGUAGAGGAAACUGAGAGCAAUUCUAGUUCACCACUUAGUAUAGAUUCAACAGUUAAGACUAGUUCCCCGAUAAUAAGUCCAACUGGAUCUAGUCAAGCAAUAAACACCAAUGGAGAACAUAAAAUGUCAAGUAAUUUGGAAGAAAAAGAACAGGAAAAUGCUGUUGCUGUUGUGAAGCAGACAACAAAUAAAUUAACUAAUAUGACAGAAAAUAAGACUAGGCUUAGACAGCCAAGUAACUGGAAUACUGGAAAUAAACCAGUUGGUACAGUAAGUGGUAUACCUAGACCUCCGUCGCGCAUACCAGCUUUUAGAUUUGUAAGGCCAAACGUAAAAACUACUCAAGGUGAUUUAAAAAAAGGGUGUCUGUGAAACUAAAUAUUAUUUAAAGGAAUUGCAAUAGCAAUAUUAUUGUGUGAGCGUUUUCAUUUUACAAGAAUUAUUACUGCGAUCAUUCGUGCACAAAAUAUCGAAAAUUUCCAUUAUAGGUAAUCAUUUAAUUUAUAUUAACAUAUUCAGUAUUAUUGAGCUUCCAGGAAGUGUACAGUUCCUGCUCAAUCGUUAUAACACAUAUCACAUAUUAAAUUUACGUUUAAUUUCGGUUUUACACAAGAUUUUAUAUGCAUAUUCAUUCACAGAAAUGUUAUAUUUGCUAUUAGGAAAUAGUAAGAUAAUUUUUUAUACAAAUAUUUACGAAAACAAUAAACAAUGCAUAAACAAUGCAUAAUAAUAAUAAUAAUAAUAAUAAUAAUAAUAAUAAUAAUAUUAAUAUUAAUAAUAAUAGUAAUAAUGAUGAUUAUGCUAAUACUAUUACUACUACUAAUAAUAAUAAUGAAAUAACAGAAACAUUAUCAUUUAUGCUUUUUUUUUCUUCUUUUUUUCAUUUUAAUAAUUCAUGCUAUAUUAUCUACAAGAUAAAUAUUGCUUUUGUGUUUCCAGAAUAAUUAAUGUAUCUCUUUAAAUUUUAAAUUUUCUUUAUAUGAUUACUUAUUUGACAUAUAAAUAAUAUAUUUUUAAUGGCAGAUUUUGUAACUUGUACAUUACUUUAUAAGUUUCUUUGAUAUAUAUCUUAAUAUAAAGUAUCUUAUAGUUGAAUAUCAUAAUUUCAAAAGUAAAAGAAUAAAAAUGUAUAUUACUGUUGCCAAAAAAAAAGAGAACGUUUACAUUUGAACAUCAGGUUUGUUAUAUUUAACUGAAUCUGUUUCAUAUGUUACAUAGAAAUAAUUAUCCAAUUUUAUGAUAUAACGAAUUAUUGUUUAUUUUUUUAAUUUAUUCGCAUUUUUUAAAAUUUCCUUCAUAAUUUUGUGGAUAAAGGAUUACAAUUAUUGCAAAAUAAAAAAUAUUCUUCAAAUAAAUAUAUAUAAACCUGUAUUUUAACAAAUACAAUGUAUCCCAGAAAAUAUCAUAUUUUUCAUAUCCGUCCUAGUAUUUUCAGUAAAGAAUCAUGUAUAUAAAAACAAAUACACUUGUGAUCCUUUAUCCAAUCAAAUUAAAAAAUUAAAAACAUUCUUGAAAAUAUAUAGUAUAAGUAAAUAUAAACUGACAAGUCAUAUCACAUCAAGAUUGUAUACUCGAUAAUUAAAAAUGCGAGAUAGGAGUGCUUUUAAAAUUGAAAAUGGAAAAUGUGUAAACCUAUUGCGAUUAAUAAA